ACACACAUUCGUCUUCACAAAGACCGUGUUGUUGUAAAACAAUCAGUCAUUUUCUUUUCAUUGUUUACACUUUUUACCAACUAUUUAUCACUCAAACAGUGGUAAAUAAUUUGCUCUAGGUGAUAAAUAGUUUGAAAAAAAUAUAUUGGACUAAAUGUUUGCUUGCUGUAAGAGGAAUAAUUAUUCUAUGUGCAUUAUUAAAUAGCCACAGAACAGCGAAGUAACCGCGCGCACUCAAAAUGGCGACGACGUUUGAAAACGUGCGAUUUGGAACUUACGGCGAGGAUGGAAAAUUAAGAGAGAUGGUUGAUCUUCCUCACAAGAUGGAAAUAACAGAAGAACAAGAAUCACUAGUUGUAAAUUUGUACAAUGGUAACAAUCGUACUAAUUGUGUGUUUAUUGGAAAAGAAACAGAAGUAGCUAGAAUUGGUAACAGUUCAUUGGUAGUAACAAAUGACAAUUCUUCAGUUCUUCUUGCAUUCCCUACAAUUCACAUGAUGAGAGCAUUCAGACAAAAACUUACCAAGUUAAAAGAAGGGAUGAAAUCUGUUUUUACAGAAAGAACUGAAGAAGCAUCUGCAGUACAGUAUUUUCAGUUCUAUGGGUACUUGUCACAGCAGCAAAACAUGAUGCAAGACUACAUUCGUACUUCAACAUAUCAACGAGCUAUGCUAGCUAAUAUAUCAGACUUUCAUGACAAGAUUGUCCUAGAUGUUGGUGCAGGCUCUGGAAUACUGUCUUUUUUUGCCAUUCAAGCUGGUGCAAAAAAAGUUUAUGCUAUAGAAGCAAGUAGCAUGGCACAGCAUUGUGAGACUCUGGUGCGGCAAAACAAUUUGAGUGACCGUAUUAUUGUUAUACCUGGGAAAGUAGAAGAAGUAGAUGUGCCAGAAGAAGUUGACACCAUCAUUUCAGAACCUAUGGGAUACAUGCUCUUUAAUGAGAGGAUGUUAGAGUCAUACUUACAUGCAAAAAAAUGGCUAAAACAAGAAGGUAGAAUGUUUCCUACACAGGGAGAUCUUCAUAUAGCACCAUUUACAGAUGAAGCUUUAUACAUGGAACAGUAUCAGAAGGCUAACUUUUGGUAUCAAGAAUCUUUUCAUGGUGUAAAUUUAACUUCAUUACGUUCUGCUGCUGUAGCUGAAUAUUUCAAACAACCCAUUGUUGACACAUUUGAUAUCCGUAUCUGCUUAGCCAAAUCAAAUAAGUAUGUUAUAGAUUUUCAGUCAGCUGAUGAAACAGACUUACAUGUUAUGGAGAUACCUUUAACUUUCACAAUGCUCCAAUCUGGCAUGGUACAUGGUCUUGCUUUCUGGUUUGAUUGUGGCUUCUUGGGUUCAGACUACUCUGUAUGGUUGAGUACUGCCCCUACUGAACCAUUAACUCACUGGUACCAAGUAAGGUGCCUUGUUCAAACACCAGUAUUGGUAAAGCAGGGACAAACUCUCACAGGAUUGGUCAAACUCACAAGUAACACCAGACAAAGCUACGAUGUUGAUAUUGAAUUGAAUAUUCCUGGCACCAACAAUAAAUCUGUCAACUGUCUUGACCUGAAAAACCCAUUCUUUCGUUACACUGGAACAGCUCCAGCUCCACCUCCAGGCUCAAAUCAAACAUCAGCUACUGAUUCAUACUGGAACAAUUUAAUGGCUUCAGGAGACACACAACAGCAGCAAACAUAUGUCAAUGGAUUUGUAAAUGGCAUUGUUGACGUAGGGCAGGUAUUAGUUCAGCAGCCCCAUUUACAACAGCAAGGUGUAGUUCAAGGAAAUCUCAUUGCAAUGUCUGAAGAGGUCAUUUCAAGGUCAGAAGCCCAGACAGCACCAAUAAAUCCAGGUAGUAUUCCUAGUGUGGGCAUAAUCACAUCCAAUGCCAAUGCUCAUCGCACAUCCAUCGGUGCUGGCAUAAGUCCCAUCAGCUUCUCCUCUCAGAAUGUUAUAACUGGUUCAACAAAUCAUUUCCCUGUUAGCAGUCAGUUCAUGAUUGGUGAUUAUGUGAUGCCAGGCAACUUGAUAAUACAGUCACCAAAGUCAGAAACGUAGCUCAAUUGUUUCAAAGGAUGACCAUGAUUUUUCCUUUUAACCUGAACUAUUGCAGUGAGAAACAGUGUUUCUAACUUUCCUUUAGGUUGAUUUGGUCAACAUAGUUAAUUGGUCAGUCUUAGCAUUGUAAUUGUAUAAAUGAUUUAUUCAAUGUUAUUGGUGCUCUUGUCAUUUGUAAAAUGUAUUAAUUAAAACAAUGUAAUAUGAAUUAAGCAUUUAAAACAUGUAGCUGAUGAUUUUUUUUUAUUAUAACCAAUAGCGCCAUGAGCAACUAUUGUUUGUAUUGUUUUUUAUCAAUGGUAAUGAUUAAUAAUUAAUGGUAUGAUUAAAAUGUAUUUUCUUAUUUUGUUUCAUCUGUAAAAUGUUAAUCCUUGUUUUGGCUGUUUUCUAAGUUAAGUUUUAACGCAACAGUUACUAAACAUGCUUUUUGAUUGAACAAAAGUGUUGAAUGGUUCCCUAAUUUUUAGACCAAUGAAGUCCUUUAUCAAAUAAACAUCUAAAGCUGACUAUUAGAGUAUGGGCUGUAUCAGCCUGGUUAGAUUUUGUUUGUCAUGCUGACAUUGUGAAACAAGACAUGCUGGACCACAAUAUUUGGUGUGUAAAUAUCACACUGAUGUUGUGACAAACAAUAUUGGUAAUUGGUCUAAUAAAUUUUAAACUAAUUUCCUUAUUGAGAUUACCUUUUCGUAGCAGUUUAUUGCUUAUUUUCUCAGUAAUUUGCCUUCAGUUAAUUUCAUUUUUUUAAAGUCAGGUGUAUGUAUAUUCUGCUUAGUAAAUUGUCAAUUUCAGUUUAUGAAAGUUAUCAAUCAAUUAAAGUAAUUACAGAUUUAAAACUAGUUUGUAUUUUAGAAUAGAAAAAGAAAAUACUAGAAUUUUAAUGUUAAUAAUAUCACUUUCAUUAGAGAUUCAUCCCUAUCUGAAAUUAAAAUUUAAUCACUUUUUAAGUGAAAAAAAUACUUUCUAUAACCAUCAGAAAAUAAAAGGGGAACAUUUUUUGUGCUACAAUUCAGUUUUUGACAUUUACAUAUUUUAUGAAUAUCUUUCUCUGUCUUUUUGAUUAAAAUAACACAAACAUAUGUGAUUUAACAUUUAAAUAGUAAAAAACUAUGAUUUGAAGCAAUUUAAUAUUUUAAUUGACAGCUUUAGGUAAUUUUAAAAUUUUGCUUAACCGUUGGCAGUCAGGCCAUAAGAAAGUUUUUACAAGUACAGCGAGUUAAAAGACUGCAUUUCUCUCAACUACACUUUAAAAAAAAAUUUGAUAACUAAACAAAAUCUUAGAUUAUUUUGUCUUAAUAGUAUAAUGCAUAAAUAGUAAAUGCAAAACAUUGAACAGAGAAAAAUGAAAAUAAAAAGCCUGAACUAUUAAAAAUCAUUUUGAAAACUAAAGAAAAUCAACAGAUUCAUUGACACUUUUUUGUAUAUAAAUUUUAACUAUAUUAGAAACCAAAAGAACUAACACAAUUUAACAGCAGUUUGAAUUAUUCCACUGGUAUCUUUAUAUCUCACUACCAGCAAGUUUUCAUUUAACUACUCAUUCUAUUAAAUGUACCAUACAAAGAUCAGUUCUUGGGCUGUACAGUAAGAACCUCAGGCACAUAGCUGUAAAGGGUUAAGCACAGCUAAAUCUAUUAAUUCACAUUUAUGCAACAAAAUUGAUUUUUUAAUUAAAGAUGGCGGACAAAAUGUUUUCUUUAACAUUAAAAAAAUACUUGUUUGGAUAUUCUGUUUUACUGUUUUUAAAAUACAUUUUCUUUUUUGAAAGUUUCUAUUUUAUUUCAUGUUAACUGCUGCAGUGUAUCUUGAUUUGC